GAUCUUCAUCGUCGGUCAGAGAGAAAGAUUUCCGAUGGAGGAAAUGGAAGAUGCGACGUCGAUGUUGCCGUUCCUUCCCUUGGAACUGAGGUCGUCGAAGCUCUCGUGGCCGUCGACGUCGGUGGAGGCUCUGGAGGCCAUGUCCAGAGGCCCAGACCACAGCCGCGUGGAGUCUGGCGAAGUGCUCGCCAUGGCCGUCUCUCACAUGCGAGACGGCUCCGAGCCCUUCUUCGCUCCUUUUGCUGCCGAAGGCUACGCGCUCUUCUUCGACGAUCUCAUGUCUCGCGAGGAUGCAGAGAAGUGGUUCAAGGAGGUAAUCCCGUUUCUGGCUAAUCUGUUGCUGCGGUUGCCUAAGCUGUUGGAAGAUCACUGGAAACAUCCUUACGGCUAUUCUCGUUCGAGGAAACGGCGGGUCAGAACCGGUCUUCGCAUAUUGGACCGCCAACAAGCAGGGAUGGUUAUCCUGAACCGGGAAUUGAUUGCUGCUCUUCUGGCUUGCUCUUUCUUUUCCCUGUUCCCAGUCAUUGAGAGAGGUUCUAAAGAUCUUCCCAUGAUCAACUUCGAUAAAUUGUUUGCGAAUCUGUAUGAGAGUUAUGAUGAAAAGCAAGAAAGCAAGAUGAAAUGUAUCACACACUAUUUUCAUCGUAUAAGUUCAACUAUUCCUGUGGGGGUUGUCUCAUUUGAGAGGAAAGUUCUUCCACUGGAAAGUGAUCCUCUUGUGCCUUAUGGGAUGGUGGACUUCUGGAGUAAGUCUGCCUUUCCUCUCUGCCACCUUGAGGUACAUGAUUCUGGCCUCAUGGAAGACCAUUCUGGUGAAGUUCUUCAAGUUGAUUUUGCAAACAAAUAUAUUGGCGGUGGUGCUCUUAAUAGGGGCUGUGUUCAGGAAGAGAUACUUUUCAUGAUCAAUCCUGAAUUGAUUGUCGGAAUGCUUUUCUUGCCAGCCUUGGCAGACAAUGAAGCUAUAGAAAUUGUGGGUACUGAAAGGUUUGCAAAUUAUACAGGGUAUGCUUCUUCAUUCAAAUUUUCUGGUGACUAUAUUGACAAAAGAGACACUGAUUGCAUGGGAAGGCGUAGAACGAGAAAUGUUGCAAUAGAUGCAUUAUGCAGACCAGGGAUUAAGCAGUAUAAAUUACAACUCCUUCUGAGGGAGAUUAAUAAGGCAUUUUGUGGCUUCUCUGAUGACUCCAAGUACCAGUUGUAUGAGAGGGUCUUCCAGGAAAAUUGUUUAGCAGGAUUGGUUGAUGGCCGAGUCCAAGUCUCAAAUCAUGUAUCUGGGGAUGAUGCUUUGCUGCAGAGAGAUCCUGCAACAUUCACAAGAACUGAAGGAGGAGCAAGGGACAAAGAGGUCCCAGAUGCCGAGGCUUUAACUCAGAUACCUGAUGAUGAUGACAAUAUUGGAAUUGUGACGGGAAACUGGGGUUGUGGAGCCUUUGGAGGUGAUCCUGAGCUGAAGAGCGUGAUUCAGUGGCUUGCUGCUUCUCAGGCAUUGAGACCCUUCAUUUCAUAUUAUACAUUUGGUGUGGAGGCAUUGCAGAACCUACGUCAGGUGAGUCGAUGGAUAUUGUUGCAUGGAUGGACAGUGGGAGACCUUUGGAAUAUGUUGGUGGAGUACUCAUCGCAGAGAUUCAAACAAGAAACGAAGCUCGGUUUCUUCGCCUGGUUGCUUCCAUCUGUGACAGCUGAUGAUGCCAUGACAUUUAAUGCACUUGAUGCUACCUAGACUCUUAUAACUUUACAUUUUGCAUCGAAUUAACAUGUGUGCAUUUGUGGAGAUUAAGCGAGUAGAAUUUUUUUAUACAUCAAAUCAUCCUCAAGUAGAAGGGUCACUACCGAUGUGUGGGAACACGAGGUGUUGUGCUGGUCAUAGUUGAUGAAUUAUAUUGAUGCCCA